AUGGACAUUGAUAAUGGUUUCUUUAUGGUCAAGUGUGAACUUCUCGCGGAUAGGGAGAAAAUUGUGUUAGAAGUUCCGUGGAUGUUGUUUGACCAUUAUUUGGAAAUGACUCGAUGGACUCCAGACUUUGCAUCUCCUAUCAUAAAAGUGGAUAAUAAUUUGGUUUGGAUUCAAUUUCCAAGGCUUAACUUAUUGUAUUAUGAUGAAAGUGUCCUUCUUGGCUUAGCAUCUGUUGUGGGUACUCUUGUUAAGGUAGAUGCUAACACCCUGAAUGUAGAGGGGGAGGUUUUCGAGAAUUUUUAUGGAGAUGGAUUUGACCUUUCUAGUUGUCGGAAAGGUCAAUGUUAA